AUGAGCGACAAAGAGCUGGAAAGCCCUGCCGAUGUCCAGAAUGUCUCCGUCCUGACGCAAAAAUGUGAUGGCUUGCUAGAAGAAUGCCUGCACAAUCGGCUGCUCAUGGAGCACGAGUGGGCCGAGAACAAACUUGCGGCUUUCAGACUCUGGGUCUCAGAAACUGGCGCAGGCAUGACCGAUAUGUACGAGUCGUCUCUGGGUGACAGGCUUAGCCAAAAGCCAACCCUUCUCAGUGUCUUCGCAGACCUUCUACGAUUGUUGGGCGUCUUCAUCAGAGAGUGCCAGGCCACGAGUCUCACUACCCAUGGGGCUGAGUUGGAGCAAUACCUCAGUUGGGCAGCACAGAAAUCCCAGACUCAAGGCCCGAUUCGGAUACAGAGGGGCAGAUCAUCAGGAACGCAGCGUGCUUCCAGCCGCCGGACCUCGAGGUCAAUAUCUCCAUGGUCUGACCAGUCCAGUUUUGCUUCCGAUUCUGACGGUAAAGAGCGAUUGAGCGACGGACGUCUUGCUGAAGCGAUGCAGAGCGUUGAGUCUAUCCUUGACCAAUUGAAGAAUGUCAGCCUUGCAGUGCGUCGGACGGGACAUCAACUCCGCCUCCAGAAGGCUGAUUCGGUAUUCAAUGCUUCAGAACAUUCUGCUCUCGAAAGUUUUCUCAUUUUCUGGGUCUUGGUUCGGACAAGCAAAGGUCCUUCUACUUCCCCCCGGACCAUGGGUGAUAAUGAAGAGUUAACUCCUGUUCAACGACGCCUGAUCAAUGCUAAUCUCAGGAGGCGAAACCGCUUUCUUUACGCCCAGAAGCAUUCGCGAACGGCGGCGAACCCUUCUGCAGUCGAAAUGACCGUGGACGCAAAGCCGAAUGACAUUGCUUCAGCCGAGAAAGACCUCUCCGCCACCACCGUACCGAAAGCGUCCAACGACAGUUCAAUGGCAACGAAGUUUGAGGCCAGUACAGGGUUUUUUGACGAAAACCUUCCGGCACCGUUUUCCCAGAUCUCUUCGACUACCUCGCGAGUACGAUACCCUUACCCGCCGAAAAUAUCAUCGAAUGUCAAAUAUUUCAAGUGUCCUUGUUGUUGUCAGACUUUGAACCGUGCAUUUUUGUUCGGGAACCGGUGGAGGAGACAUCUCGCCGAGGACGUAUGUCCGUAUACAUGUAUUUACGACCAGUGUCCUACACCGGAGGCUACUUUUGCUACCCAUCAAGCUUGGAUGUCUCAUAUGACUGGUGCAGAGCACCCAGAUGGCAAGUCUUGGACCUGCUUGAUGUGCGCCGAUGGUGUACUAUAUGGGGACUGCUCAAUUCUUUCUGGCCAUAUCAAGCAAAAACACUCUGAUUCAAUCGCCACCCAUCAAAUUCCAACGGUUCUCGAAACAUCCAUGUCGCCAGCCACCACCACAUUGUCGUGUCCACUGUGCAGACCGACCGUCGAGGCCGGUACACGAACAGCUCGAACGAGCUGGAGACAUAUUGCUGAGCACAUACAUGAUUUUGCCCUACUAGCCCUUCCAUGGGCUCCCGAUAACCCAAUUUGCCAUCCUGACGCUAUCGAUAAAGGACGCACAAAGGUGGCAUCUUGGCUAGGCUUACAAGAACCCUCGAUGUCUCACACUGAAUCACCGCACGAUGAUCAUGACAGCACCACAAAUGAAGCAGGCAUCUAUUACACAGAGGAGGCAUACUUUGCCGAGAACAGAGAUUUUCGUUCAGAUACGAGCAGCAUUUCGACGGACACAUUCCGUGAUCUUCAAGGGCUUGAAAACACAAGUAUAUUGCCAUUCCCUGAAAACCUCCCGGAAGUUGGGAAGAAUCUCGAAAGCACUUCUCCUGGUCCAGUUUCUACCUCAACAAUAAGUCCAUCAACGUUCAUGAAUGCCAAAUUAACUAUUUGGCAACCCCGAUCAUCCUCGUUUCCUUCCAAGCGGGCAUCAGAUGAAACUAUUUCGAGGAUAGACGCUAGAUACAUUGCAAGGCCGCCAGCAUAUUAUCAGCCGGGUCGUGUGUUUGCCAUGCUCCGGGAUGAACAAGACAUUGAACCACAGAGGAUGGACAUUAUAGCACCAGGAACAGUGAAUCUGAGCGGAAACAAGCGAAGCUUGGGGAGCCAGACUUCCAGUUCUGUCCACACUAUGGUGGUCGUCCAAGCGCAUAGUGGCUAUUGUGAGUGCAUACAAGUCAACACUUACGAUCAACGAGGGUUGCUCAAUUUCAUUCAUUCUCCCAAAGAUGUCAACGCGCAUGCGGUGAUUUAUGUGGAAGGUACAGCACCUCACUUGCUAUUCAAAGAACCCAGGUCGAACAAAAGGCCUAUCGCCGUCAAGAAAACAAAUCCUGAACAGAAUCUCGCCGGAUCCAGCCGCCUCCACUAUGCUCGAGUGUACAACGUGCAGUAUACAGCCAAAACCAUCGACAUCGGCUACGUGGACGAGAGCUUACCCGAUCUUCUCCGAGAUUUCCAGACGGUCAAUGGGCUAUCUGAGCAUACACUGCCAAAAGAAGGGAGAAAACCAUCUGACGAACUGCCAAGAAGAAGAGGGAAAGCCGUCUAA